AUGCCCAAGGAGGAAGUGAAAAUGUUCAAUGCCUAUGCGCAAUGGCUCUACACCUGCAAAAUUCCUAGCCUGAGUUCUUUCAUUAAUGCCAUCUUUGAGAUGGGCGCGGAGGAAACCGAAGGUCGAAUGCGGCGGGUUCUGUAUGACCUGGUGAUCCUCUACACAUACAACAACACUACGCAGGACUCGCCGAUUCGUCGCCUACUCGUGGACAUGUGGGUGCGUGAUGGAAAUAAAAGGUUGCUGGAUGAAUGGAAAAAUCGCGAGACCCUUCCUGCGAGCUUUCUUCUGGAACUCGCCAAGAAGCUGUUUCUCGCUGUCGAGGGAAAAAUUACUCAACCUCUCGAGGAAAGUAAUUACAACUCGUACCGUUAG